CGUAGCCGGAACUGCUGCUGAACGCGGCGGGCCGGGCCUCCGGGAGGCUGAGCGGCUGCAGCACUGGUGCCCGCAGCCCCGUCAGCCGCACGCCGGCCGCGGAGGGGACGUGCCGGGGCGAGCGUCGCUCGGCUACCGCUUCUGAGGCGGGAGGAUCACUUCGGCGUCGCGGCCUCUCUGCAGCCGGCACUCGGAGGCUGGGACUGCCCGGCCCGGCCGGUUCUGCGGGCGCCCGGGAGGCCCCCGGGGGUCCCGGGAAGCCAGGCUGCUGCAAGGCGUUGAUGAAAAAGGAUGACAGUGAAGUUGGGAGACGGCAGCAGCGGGGAGGAAGGGCUCAAGAGGCUGGGCAAGAGGUCGGCCGAUGAGGACUCGCUGGAAGGAGAAGGCGCCGGCGGCGGGGACGCGGCCGAGGAGAGCGGCGGCACAAAGAGGGACGGCAAGACCCCCCGGGACGGCGGCGACGGCCCCCCGGCCCCCUCGGGCGGCCCGCAGGCCCCGUCCCCGCCGCCCGCCUGCCCCCAGGACCAGCACCACUUCCUCAGGUCCAGCGUGAGGCCGCAGAGCAAGAGGCUCAGGAAAGACUCGUCCUGCGCCGGGGGGAGCAGCAGCGCCGGCAGCUCGGCGCCCCGCGGAAAAGGAGCCGACGGGGGCGGAUCGUCAUCUGGAAAUGGGUCUGGGGUUGCCCCCACCGCCCCUGCAGGGGGCUCUCGCUCCUCCUCCCGGAACUUAGGGUCUUCGGGUGGUGAGAAGGAAGAAGGCAAAAAGGUCCGGCGGCAGUGGGAGUCGUGGAGCACGGAGGACAAGAACACUUUCUUCGAGGGGCUGUACGAGCAUGGGAAAGACUUUGAAGCGAUUCAGAACAACAUUGCUCUGAAGUACAAGAAGAAAGGCAAGCCUGCGAGCAUGGUGAAGAACAAAGAGCAGGUCCGGCACUUCUACUACCGCACGUGGCACAAGAUCACUAAGUACAUCGACUUCGACAACGUGUUCUCUCGUGGGCUGAAGAAGUCAUCCCAGGAGCUGUAUGGUUUGAUCUGCUAUGGCGAGCUGCGGAAGAAGAUCGGGGGCUGUAUGGAUGACAAGAAUGCGACCAAGUUGAAUGAGCUCAUUCAGGUGGGGGCCACCACAGUACGUUACAAAGGGAGAAACUUGCGGAUCAAAGCACCCAUGUGCCGAGCCCUGAAGAAGCUCUGUGACCCGGAUGGCUUGAGUGACGAAGAGGACCAGAAGCCAGUGCGUCUGCCCCUGAAAGUCCCUGUAGAGCUGCAGCCGCGGAACAACCAUGCCUGGGCCCGAGUGCAAAGCCUUGCCCAGAACCCGAGGCUCAGGAUGAUUGUGGAGCUCCAUCGAAAGGUCUCCAGCCUCAUCGAAUUCUUGAAGCAGAAGUGGGCACUCCAUGAAGUGCGCAUUCGGAAGACGCUCGAGGAGCGGCAGCUCCAGGACUCAUUCGCAGAGCCAUUGCAGGAGAAGGUGGCGCUUCAUCUGUUCCCGGGAGAGAACUGCACUUUGACGCCGCUGCCGGGAGUGGCCCGUGUGGUGCACUCCAAGGCCUUCUGCACAGUGCACUGGCAGGAGGGUGGCCGGUGCAAGCAGAGCGCCAAGGACACCCACACACUGCCUCCAGCCCAGAUCUUGGGCAUCCAGAGCGGGCAGGGCACGGCCAGGGGCCAGGUGAAGUGCCCGCGGGGUGGCGCUGAGGGCAAGGGUGCAGGACGGCCCCCUCCCUCCACUGAUGCUUCGCAGAGCUCCGGAGAGAGUUCCCCCGAAAGUGCCCCUGGGGAAGGGGCUGCCCCGAGCCUCAGCAGCUUGGAUGCUCCUGACAGGCUUCCCUCUGGGCUCCAGGACACUGGGGGACGGCUUGAGAAGACCCCUGUGGUCACUCCUGCAGAGGGAGGCGACGGCCCUACACGAGAGCCCGGAGCCAUGACAUGUGCCUGUGGCCAGCUCCCAGAGCUGGAGGAUGAGCUCUCCCUCCUGGACCCUUUCCCCCGCUACAUGAAGUCCUGUCAGGACCUCAUCAUCCCCGAGCAGUGCCGCUGCGCAGACUUGCGGCCCUCGGGACGCGCCUCCCCAGAGACUCGUAUCCCCAGCAAUGUGGACACGGCUGACCUCGCCCGGGCCAGGGCACCGUCCCCCGUCCGUGCCCCACCUGGUCCAGAGCCUCAGCCCAGCCCCCGGCUCCAGCCAGAUGUUUGCACUAAAGACUCGGCAGAUGCACCUGCAGAGGAGCCCCAGGAGAAGGCAAGCUCCUUGGACCCCCCGCUGCCUCACGGACAGCCUGCCACCAGGCCUCCGAAGGAUGUCCCCGCCAGCCGGCUGGCCCAGCAGCUCCGCGAGGAGGGCUGGAACCUACAGACCUCCGAAAGCCUUACGCUGGCUGAAGUCUACCUCAUGAUGGGCAAGCCGAACAAGCUGCAGUUGGAAUAUGACUGGCUGGCGGUGCUGGGCCCAGAGGGCCAGGCCCCUGGCGGGCAGGCCCAGGGCCCCCGCACUGGCUCCCCACCCACCGCCUUCCACAAGCAGCGCCUCCUCAGCUGCCUCCUAAAGCUCAUCUCCACUGAAGUCAACCCCAGACUGGCUCCAGAAGCGAGUGCCAGCUCCACGACCUCAGUGCGGCCUGCCCAGGAGGAACAGUCGACCACCCCCCCAGGGAAGGUGGUGACCAUCAGCUCCCGGAGCCCCCGCUGCCCUCGAAACCAGUCUGCCCUUCGCAACAGCAAGACCUUCUCUCCCAACUCAGCACCUUGCUCCUCAGGUUUGAGAAACCCUCCAAGACCCCUUUUGGUGGCUGGUCCCUCCAGUACAGGAAGCAGUGACUCAGAUGGCGGCCUUUUUGCUGUCCCAACAACUUUGCCCCCGAACAGCCGACACGGGAAGCUCUUCUCUCCCAGUAAAGAAACAGAAUUGACUUUCCGUCAGCAUCUAAACUCCAUCAGCAUGCAGUCGGAUUUCUUCUUGCCAAAGCCUAGGAAGUUGAGGAACCGGCACCUGCGGAAACCUUUGGUGGUCCAGAGAACACUGCUUCCUAGACCUUCUGAAAGCCAGGCCCAUAAUGUCUGCUCCUUCUCCAUCUUGUCGAAUUCUUCCGUAACUGGGAGAGGCUCAUUCCGGCCCAUCCAGUCCUCCCUGACCAAAGCAGCUCUGUCUCGGCCAAUCGUGCCCAAGGUCCUUCCACCACAGGCCGCAGGCCACCUGGCCAGUGCUAUCGACUUAGCAGCUAAGAGUGCUGGCAUCAUCCCCGGGAGCCCCCUCCCUGUCCUGGACGCCGAGGGCUUGUCUGGCAUCUCUCCACUGUCUUCAGACGAGGUGACAGCUGCCGUCUCGGGUCAGGACUCCACCGGAACCCACCCAAAUGGAGACCCCCUCCCCGCUGUGGGGGGCACGAGUGACCCGUUCAUCAGUGUCCCCUCAAGGCCUGAGCAGGAGCCAGUGACGGACCAUUUCCAGGGUUCGCCUGUUCUCUCCUUAUCUGAGCUGUCAAAGGCUCCUCUUCACAAUGGGCUCUCCACACCUCUGCCCUCGUCAGAGGGCUCUAGCACCCGGCUCUCUCCACCUAACGUCUCUGCUCUGCUGGACAUCUCCCUGCCCGGCCCGCCUGAGGACGUGCUCUCACAGGGAGAACCUGCCACGCAGAUCAGUGACUCCAUCAUUGAGAUCGCCAUCAGCUCUGGCCAGUAUGGUGAAGGAGUCCCUCUUUCUCCAGCAAAACUGAACGGCAGUGACAGUUCCAAGAGUCUUCCCUCCCCGUCCAGCAGCCCCCAGCCAGACUGGAUCGCCUCCCCCACCCACGACCCCCAGUGGUGCCCCAGUGACCCCACAGACUCGUCACUCAGCAGCUUGUUUGCGAGCUUCAUCUCCCCAGAGAAGAGUCGGAAGAUGCUGCCAACUCCCAUCGGGACCAACAGUGGCACCUCCCUGCUGGGCCCCAGCUUGCUGGAUGGAAACUCGCGAGACUCAUUUGUUUCCAGGUCCCUGGCUGAUGUUGCAGAGGUCGUGGAUUCCCAGCUGGUGUGCAUGAUGAACGAAAACAGCAUUGAUUACAUAUCUCGGUUUAACGAUUUGGCCCAAGAGCUGUCCAUCACCGAGCCCGGCCGCCGAGAGGUUCUAUUUGAUGGUGGUGGAAGUGGGCCCCCUGUUGGCGACCUAUCCCAGUGACUGCACCUUGUGGCGGGGGCAUCCUGGAGGCUGCAGAGGAGGGCCUGCAGGGCUGGUAGUCCUCAACUGUGGUAGCUGUAGCCCUCUUCAGACUAGAGAAAACAUAAGUCAAGCCCAGGACCCCCGGAAGACGGUCUGAAUGGAGGCACCUCUGCACCCCAGAAUGCACAACAUGCAGGCAGCCGUGUCCCAAUGGGCAGAGGACAGUGGUGGCCCAGGAGAUGAGGAUGAGUUCUUUGAAAGGGCUAACGUCAGACAUUGCUGUGGCAUCGGAGCAGUUCCCUGCCACUUUUGGGGUCUCACGUUAGGAUCUGCAUAGCAACCACAUUUCCACCCAUGCUCCUGCCUUGGUUGUUGUGUUGGACAUUCCAGUGGGUUUUCUUUCCGAAAGAAAGGGGGUAUGUCUUGGCCUAGUUGUUUUGUCCUGGGGAGUUGUGAUCUCCUGGUCCCUGUCCCAGCCCUGCUGGGAGGCUCCAGGCCACUGCUGCUUUCUUUCUGCCAAACCACACUUUGGUUGCUUUCUCUGCAGAGUGAUGAUGGGGGAGGACAGCUGGGCAUGGCCUGGGCUCUGCCUGGUGGUGUCUGCACCCUGAGACAGCGGACACUUCAGAGGACACUCUGAUAACAGGACAACAGAGGGUCCAAAGGCAGUGUAACCAGUGCCAUCACCCCAGAAUUACUGAUCCUUGCCUAGUGCUUCCCCCAUCUAGAGGUUUGUUCUGACUGACUUAACAGGAAGGGGAAAAGAAUCACGUCUUAUGCAGGUUGUGUGGACUUCUAGAAAAAAUCCCGCUAAGCAUGUUGGAAAUUGUUUUUCUUGUGUUUUAAGAAU